AUGCCACCUGUGAAGAUUGCUGAGUUUCUGAGGCAGCUUCGCGCUUCAGAUUGCUUCUUGGCGAAUGUCAAGAGGCUGCCGAGCUUCCUCACCAUCGAGCAGCAGCAGUUCGACAAGUUGAUGAUCUUUUUGGAAGCUGCCAAGUUCAAUGAGGAACAAUGCACCAAGGCCGCUGAGCAGGUGCAAAAGCUUUCGAUGUUUAGUUCGCAGAAUGUUGAGCGCUUGCUGCAGAAGGUUGCUGAAGCCUGCGCUAAUAGGCGCCAUGGGGGCAAUGGAGGUCCUUCCACAGAGGCCCAGGACUACAGCACCAUUUUCAGGUUUGUGCCAGACAGUGUUUGGCAGCGCUUGAAUGGUCAUGGCCCAACAAGGCUACAUGAGCUAUGCGGAUUUGCCGCUAAGCUGGGUUUGAUUUGCCCCACUGAAAAGACGGUUGGAGUCUUGACAGUGAUCCUUUUUUGGAAGGAGUGGCAGCAUCAGAAGAUUUCGGCAACUGAAAGGUACAAGAUUUUGCAAGGCUGCAGGGCACAGAUCCGUGGGUUGCUUAAGGAAUAUGGUUCUGUUGCCAAGAAUGUGGAGAUGAGAUUGCCUCAGUUGCCACCAGUCUUUUCUGAGCUGCCACCUUCACAUAAAAGGGUCUUUGAGGAUGAAAGCAUAGGUUCACCAAGGCAGGUGACCCCUGAGUUGGAAGACGCUGUCCGCUCCUUCAAGGUUCGCAGCAGUGCUUCGGACAUCAAUCCUCAGUCAUGCAAGAAUGUCUUCAUGAAGUGGCUGGGGCAAAUUGAUGGGCCGCAUACAAGCGAAUCAUCUUUCCAGAAUCAACCCGAAAUACUUCCGAUUGAAGAUGGCCGAGUGGAUUCCCAGGAGCAAGCGAUGUCCAUUGUCUCUGGGGAGUCUGCUUCAAAGAACCUGGUUUCAUUAGCAAAGCCAGAGUUGUUCUCCAGCUUGAAGACAGAACUGACAGAAGUGAAAGGUCACCUCCAAAAGAAAAAGAGUGUGGCAGAGACCUUGUUGGAUCUCAAGUCUGCCUACCAUGGCGUCAAGGACAGCCACAAGCUAGGUGAAGAUUCCAAUGGAACAACGGCUAAGAAGAGGCCAGUGCCAGCUGCUGAAGCUCACACUGAAAAAAACGAGACCUCUCCUCCAAAAGGGAAUGAGAACAAGUCGAAGAAACAAAAGGAGCCGAAGUCAAUCCUGAAAGGGAAAGACAGCAAAGCAAAAAAAACACAAACAAAAGAGCCUGUGUCAGGUCCAAAAGGCAAAGCUGACAAAGCACACAAGCAAAAGCUUUCAGCAGUUGGCAAGAUGGAGAAGAAAGAGAAACCAGCGUUGAAAAUGGACAAAAAAAAUGUGGCCAGUCGCGCUUACCAUCAAAUCCUGAAUCUGAAAAUUCAGGAGGGCCUGUGUAAAGAGCAGGCCAAAUGUUUUGCCAGGAGUGCUCACAUGGAAGCAGCCGAUCGGUGGGACUUUGAGCACCGGUCAUCACUGACAUGA